AUGCAUAUUCUAUCUAUCUUUGUCAAAUAUUACAAUUGUGAUUUUAUUUCAAUCGCUUAUAUUAUUUAUUAUGCACUUUUCCCAAAUCGAAUGAUCCUUUACAGAGGAAAACCCCAUUUUACAAUGUUACGUGCUGCAUUUAAUAAAGUGAAAACAACGUUCUCUGGUAAUAACAAUACAUCUUUUCCCUCGUCUUCUUCUGAUUCUAACGAAACUCUCAAUAUCGAUGAUUAUAAUAUUGUUAAAGAAGGGAAAGCACAAAUACUGUUCCCCAAAAAGGAGACUGUCUUUUAUAACCCGAUCCAACAAUUUAAUAGGGAUUUAAGUGUUACUUGUAUUAAAGCAUGGGAUAAUUUGUACGGACAAAAGAUUAACACUAAUAAUUCUAGGAGUAAAAAGAAUAGAAAACGUAGAAAAUUAGACACUGGUGAACCAAUUGACACUUUUAAAGGUUCCAACUACAUAAGAAUCCUUGAAGCAUUAUCUGCUACUGGGCUACGUGCUAUCAGAUAUGCACAUGAGAUCCCUCAUGUUAAAGAAAUUAUAGCUAAUGAUCUAUUACCUGCUGCCGUGGAAUCUAUUGACAGAAAUAUUCAAUAUAAUAAAGUUAGUCAUCUAGUUAAAUGCAAUAUGGAUGAUGCCAAUGUUUUAAUGUACAGAAAUAAAGCCGAAAAGGUUAAGUAUCAUGUUAUUGAUUUAGAUCCCUAUGGAACUGUUACACCUUUUGUUGAUGCAGCGUUACAGACCAUAGAUGAAGAUGGUCUAAUGUUGGUAACUUGUACAGAUUUAGCUGUCCUUGCUGGAAAUGGGUACCCGGAAAAAUGUUUUGCUCUUUAUGGUGGGGUCAAUCUUGUGUCUCACGAAGCUACACAUGAAUCUGCCCUAAGACUAGUAUUAAAUCUAUUAAAUCAAAGCGCUGCCAAAUAUAAAAAAACUGUGGAACCUUUGCUAUCCCUAAGUAUUGAUUUCUAUGUCCGCGUCUUUGUUAAGGUCAAGACUAGUCCUAUCUUGGUUAAAGAUUUACAAUCAAACACAAUGAUAACUUACCAUUGUAGUCAAUGUGGAUCCUAUCACAACCAACCACUAGGUAGAAAGACUGAACGCGAGGGCAAGAAAAAGUUAAAACAGAUAAUUAAAUAUAGUGUUGCACAGGGCCCACCAGUGGAUCAAAAAUGUAAGUUCUGCGGUGGUACGUAUCACUUCGCAGGACCAAUGUAUGCUGGCCCAUUGCAUAACAAAGAAUUCGUGGAAGAGGUUUUGAGAAUCAAUAAAGAGGAACAUAAAGAUAUGGAUGAUACGUAUGGUACAAGAAAAAGAAUCGAAGGGAUGUUAACCUUGGCCAAGAAUGAAAUAUCUGAUGCACCAUUUUAUUUCAGUCCAAAUGUUGUCUCUUCGAUCUUAAAAUUACAAGUUCCACCACUGAGAAAAGUAGCUGCAGGUCUUGGAUCAUUAGGAUACGAUUGUUCCAUGACACAUGCACAACCAUCAUCCUUGAAGACUGACGCACCAUGGGAGGCGAUUUGGUAUGUUUUGAGACACUGUGAACCUGAUAAAGAUAUAUCUAAAAUGAAUGAAAGAGGCGUAGGUUAUCAGAUCAUACGAAAUAUGAAUAAUUGGCUGCCAAAAGAAAGUAAUAGAACUAAAUUGUUUGAUCCAUCGAAAUUAUCAUUUGAAGAAAAUGAAUUAAGUGGUAAGAUAGAAAAAUUAAGAAAAUUAAAGAUCGUUAAGUACCAAGAAAAUCCUACUAAAAAUUGGGGGCCUAAAGCUCGUCCAAAUUCCAGUUAA